AUUGGAGACCCACGGGACGUUCCUUUGGAGCUCUCUUCACAAGGCAAUGCUGAUCGUAAACGCUGUCCAUGACAAAUCAAAUCCAGUUAUCUCCGUUGCUGAGUCUUGCCGUUGCGACGCCGUUCGCAUCAUACAGCGGCCUAAUUGGAUUGCGAACGGCGCGAAGAGUCGCUGAGGCUCAAUGGCACCUUGCGUGUCCGCCCUUUGGCGACAUGCAGCCCUGAUCUUGUUCUCAUGCUAGAUCUGAAUUCGGCUUCAUGGUAAUAACCUGCGAGGCCGGCCAUGUCGAGCAGAACUAGCCUGACCGAUGUGGACCGCGAGUUCGUGGUUCACGCGUUCAAAAACCUCGAACUGAUUGCAAAUCAGACUCCAAAAAUAGGCUCCUUUCUACGACGGAUCAUGGUAUAAAUCACUGUGUUGUCGUUCUUUUCGGAGAGUCGACAACGACUUCGUACUUCUUUGAACAUUGCAAGCAAGAUAAGGGAUACACAAACAGCAGAAAAAAUCCAACCCCUUUUGCCCCCAAAGUGAACUCAAGUAUGGCUAGUUAUUUUGUCACAGGUGUCUCACGAGGCAUCGGAUUCGAGUUCUUGAGACAGUUGUCGAGCAAUCCGGACAACGUCGUCAUUGGCAUGGCCCGCGAUAAGGCCGCCACGGAAGCAAAGGUUUCCAAGGAGUUUCCAAGGAAGAACAUACACAUCCUGCAGGGCGACCUGUCGGACUACGCUUCGCUUAAGCAAGCGGCCGAUAAGACGGCCGAGAUCACCGGCGGAAGUCUGGACUAUCUAAUAGCAAAUGCAGCCGACCUGGUGGGAAUCGAGGGCAUUCCCCCUCUCGGGGUCUUAGGUCAAAACCCGAAGUUGCUAGAACAGCAGCUUCUACGCACAUUCAAAGUCAACGUCAUAGGAAACAUUCACCUCGUGAAUCUGUUCAUGCCGCUCAUUCUCAAUGGCAACCGGAAGAAGGUGAUCCACCUCGCCACUGGCCUUUCCGACGACGACAUGACGAGAAAGUACGGCUUCGACUCCCAAGCCGCGUAUUCUAUCAGCAAGUCGGCAGCAAACACGGCAAUGGCGAAGUUCAGCACCGAGUACGCGCAGGACGGCGUGCUGUUCCUCAAUCUCAGCCCCGGCAUGGUCGACUCUGGAAACAUGGAUCUCAGCACCGAAGAAGCGCAGAAGGCGAUGGCGCACAUGGUCUCGAUCUUGAAAAGAUACGACCCGAAUUUCAGCGGACCGAUAACGGUCGAGCAGUCCGUCAAGGCCAUGAUGGCCGUCUACGAGAAAGCGAGCGUGGAGAACGGCGACAGCGGCGCGUUCUUGUCUCAUCACGGCAACAAGCGCUGGAUCUAAACUUCUUACUUUCAACCGCUGGUCCUAUCCCCACGUCUCGACGGAGGGGACCCAUUGUAGCUCUGAGCAAAGGCAGUUGACUUGCUGGCCAUAGACUUUUCAAUGACAACUUGUUUCCCCCAGGACCGCGUCACGAUCCAGAAAGACACGCGUGAAAGCGCCAAAUGAACCGCGAGAUUUUUUUUCUAGGCAAAAACGUUUGCAAAACCUUUGUGAGGUUCCGUUCC